AUGAAACCUCAAAAAAGUAUUAUAAAAGAACUCAAAACUUAUGAACACAAUCUCUUUAAAUAAAACAAAGAACACAAAAAACUUAACAUAAACGACUUUCCCAAUCUUUCUAGGAAGCCCAUUGAAUGGACAGAUUGUGAUUAAUUUAUCAAGCUCAGAUUAUUCAAAUGUGAUAAAAGAUUAGCAAUUAAAUUGUGUUAGCAGUACAAAAUUCAUAGAUCAGAUCAACAAUUUUUUGAUACCAUAUAAAAUGUAAAUAUUGAAAAUGAAGAAUAUAAGAAAAUUAAAAAUAGCACAUCAUUUUUAUUGAGGCAUAUAAGAUAAAAUCAAUUAAACAAGUAAAAACAUAGACUCGAAUUCUAAGAAUCAUAAUUUGACAGUAAGAUGUCUUCAAUUCUGGACAACUCCUUUUCGAAAUUCUAACAAUCUCUAGAUAAGCAUAUUGAAAUUGAUAAUACAUCUUAGCAUACAUAUAAUUUAAAACAAUUAACAAAAGACUAAUUGUUGAAAAAAUUAUAAUCAUUAAAUCAAAAUCUCAAACAAAACGUAUUGACUGAGAAUUUGUAAUCAAAUGAAUCCAUUCAAAAAGUCAGUCUGCCUGUAACAUUUACAUCUAUACAUCGAUCAUAAACAGAGAGGAAAUAUUCAAAAGCAUAUACUCCAUCAUCAGGUUUAUAAACUUAAAGAGAGACGAAAGCCAAUUUUACUAAGACCUUGGUAAAAUUGCAAUCAAAUUCAAAAAGCCACAGAUCACUCUAACAAAGUAAGAAAAUAAGAGAGGAUGAAUUCAAUUUAAAGCCUUCAUUCUCAAAAGAUUUACAUAGUUUAAAAAAUAUAGGUACUUUUACAGAGAUUAGAUAAACUAAAAAUAAAAGCAAAAGACAUAUGACAAAUUAUAGCAUAAUUAAACAUAUUAGCGGUUUUGGAUGA